ACAAAGGUUCUGGUUCUCUACAUCUGAGCCAUUCUAACGUAGUCAACUCCAAAAUGAGGUUUUUUGAUGGUCGAUACCUUCCGGGUCUCCCCUCCAUGCAUUACAACUUCCGCCGUGUAGACCUAGCUACCAAUGGAAGAUGGGCCUUCAUUACUCCUAAGAUCGACGUUGCCUGUCUCUUGCCGGGCAUUUGUCAUAAUCAAAAUCCUUUGCGCAAGGUUGAUAACAAAUUGAUUCCAAAAGUUAUCUCUCGCAUUUUGUCUGAUACGCGCGAGUGGUUACUUUAUGACUGCGUGGAGCCAAUGACAGUGUCGUCACGUUUAUCAUUGCAAGACCAUUCUCUAGUUUUACAGAACGCAUCUCUUCCCACAAUCGCUGACCUCGAAUUGGAUAACCUGAAGAUUUUGCUCGAUGCCACCAAACAACUUCCCCUCACAUUAUCCAGUCCUGCGGUAAUACCUGGCGUGCGAUCGAGGACCUUUGACUGCGAUGGUUCAGCGAUCACCAAUCGCGAGCUGGAUGAUCUCAAGAUUCUGAUGGCGCCUCACCUGCGACUGGUAAGUAUGGUGUUCGGGGGUGGCGGUAACGAUGAAGAUGCAAUAUUGCCAACUUGGGCAACGCUGUUCGCAAUCUUCCUGAAGGCGCGAGUGGUGCACAUGAUAGCAUUUACAUUGCUCCGCGCGGAAGGUGGUCCUGUUAUGAAUGCCUGUGUCGUGGACAAUCUCCCAAUUAUGAUCAUGAUGAAUGACUUCAAGGAUCUGGAAGACCGCUUGCGUCUCGCCGUCGCGCUCUUUACUCUCCAAAGACGUGUCGUCCGGUUCUCUACGCAUUGGGGGGAUGUUGUCUAGAAUGAUACCUUGUUGGGCGAAGAGCGGCAUUGGCAUGCUAUACUUUAUGUGA